GCCGGGCUAAAGGCUGCGCGCUGCUGCCGGCGGGGGGAAGCCUCCCGCCCGCCUUGCUGCCGCCGGCCGGAGCCAUGGGCCGCCCGGUCCUCCUGCUCCUGCUCCUGCCUUUGCUGGCACCGGGGGCCGCCCCCGCCGUCCACCCGGCUUCGAGGGCCCUCGGCAGACUCCACUUACCAACCAAACCCACACCCCGCCACACGGUAGUUAAGAACUACUCAGUUCGUUACUUCCAUCAGAAGGUUAAUCAUUUUGGAUUUAGUGACACGAAAACCUUUAAACAGCGGUACCUAAUAGCUGAUAGACACUGGAAGAAAGAUGGUGGAUCAAUACUUUUCUACACUGGUAAUGAAGGGGACAUUGUCUGGUUUAGCAAUAAUACGGGGUUCAUGUGGGAUGUGGCUGAGGAACUGAGUGCUAUGUUGGUGUUUGCUGAGCAUCGAUACUAUGGAAAGUCCCUGCCCUUUGGCAACAACUCAUUUAAAGAUGCUAAACACUUGAAUUUUCUGACAUCAGAACAAGCCCUAGUUGAUUUUGUAGAGUUAAUCAAACACUUGAAAAGAACAAUCCCUGGAGCCGAAAAUCAACCUGUCAUUGCCAUCGGGGGGUCUUAUGGUGGCAUGCUUGCGGCCUGGCUUAGGAUGAAAUACCCUCACAUAGUAGUUGGAGCUCUUGCAGCGUCUGCCCCUAUCUGGCAGUUUGAGGAUUUGGUUCCUUGUGGUAUGUUUAUGAAGAUUGUGACUGCAGACUUUAAGAAAAGUGGUCCAAAUUGUUCAGAGAGCAUCCGGAAAUCCUGGGACGCCAUUAAUCGACUUGCGGGUUCCGGCAGUGGACUUCUGUGGCUCACUGAGGCUUUUCACCUGUGUAGCCCCUUAACUUCUGAAGAUGUUGAGCAUUUGAAAGAAUGGAUUGCUGAAACUUGGGUGAAUCUGGCGAUGGUCAACUACCCUUAUGAGUGUAACUUUUUGCAGCCUUUGCCUGCCUGGCCUAUUAAGGAAGUGUGCCAAUAUUUCAAAGAACCUGAUACCUCUGAAUCACAGCUGGUAGAGAAUGUUUUCCAAGCUUUGAAUAUAUAUUACAAUUAUACAGGCCAAACAAAAUGCUUGAAUAUUUCAGAAACAACAACUAGCAAUCUGGGAACCCUGGGUUGGGGCUAUCAGUCCUGUACAGAAAUGGUCAUGCCUUUUUGUACUAAUGGUAUUGAAGACAUGUUUGAGCCUCAGUCAUGGGACUUUAAGAAGUUUUCAAAUGAAUGCUACAAACAGUGGGGUGUGAGGCCUCGGCCCUCCUGGAUUGGUACCGUGUAUGGAGGCAAACACAUCAGCUCACACACCAACAUUGUCUUCAGCAAUGGCAACCUGGACCCCUGGUCCGGAGGUGGAGUAACCAAAAACAUCUCAGACACCCUGGUCGCCAUCUUCAUCAAGGACGCGGCCCAUCACCUGGACCUCCGCGCCAACCACGCCCAGGACCCCGAGUCGGUGCUGCAGGCCCGCCUGUGGGAGGUGAGCUACAUGAAGCAGUGGAUCCGGGAGUUCCACAGAGCCGCCAGAAGGCAGCGCUGAGCCGCUGCGGACCGGCCCCACCGGCCCCUGCCACCCUGCCGCUCCACCCGCGUUCCACGGCGCCUGGGCUUUCCGCACGUGGUGGUUCUUUCCCCGGCCUCUGCCAUUAGAUUCAGUGGGGGCAGAGGCUGAGCCAGGCGGGAGCCGCCAUCCGUCCUGGCGCCACCUGCAGGAAGACCGCGUCAUGACGGCUCCCGUUCCCAUCCGUGGACCUCAGAACUGGAACAGAGUUGGCCACCGCCUUUCUUCCCAGGGAGAGUCGCUCCCUUAGUCUCUCUACAGGCAGGGACUUUUAAUUCUCCUUGGUUUUGAGGCCGAAGUCUUUCCUUCCAGCCUCUUCCUAAGCCCCCCCCAUCCCCCCAUUCCUCUUCUACCCAAAGAAGAUGGCUGAAGAUGAUGUAAACGCAGCUGGUAGGAAGCAUGUCCCAUGCCAAGCCAGGAAAUGGGGGCCAUUCCUUUUGUACUUGAUAGAAUGACUUUGGACUGUGCUGUAAAUAAAGAAUAAGGCUGGGCCGUC